GAUUUCACGUCUAUUUUAUUACUCGAUGUUGUAUAAAGUGAACAUUUCUUGUGAUAUGUGUAUUAUAUUCGAAUAUUAGUUGUAUUAAGCUUAUUCAAUUUAUGAGACUUGAUUACGAUGUUCGUUAUUUGUGAUCUGUAGUUUCUAAACUUUGAAGGCAAAGAGUAUUGUACGUGAGAGUUGUAAGUGAAAUGUUUAAGAAAUCCAAUGAACAAAGUAUGAAGAAUAUUAGGGGGGUAAAUACGCCAAGAUCGAAUCAGUCAUUACAUUCGAAUAAUGAGAACAUUUUGCUUACGGAAGAGGAGAUACGCGAAUACUUCAAGCUCGUAGAAUACGAAAAAAUGCUUGAUCAAGAAUUGUCCAAUUUGAGGAUGGAAGAGACAGAAUUUCGUUCAACUCAAGAAACUAUGGAUUUAUUACAUAAAUACAAUGAUAUUAAAGAUGUAACUCAAAUGGUUCUAGGUGCAAUAGCUGUAGCAAAUAAAACUACGAUUAGGAAUCUGUAUAAACAAUAUGAUUUAUCGCUGGAAGAAGAUUAAAAAUUCACAUUUUCUCAUAUAUGA